AUGCCUGCCCUGAUGAACGCACAACAACUCCAAAGAUCAACAUCACAAAGAUUGCCCAAAAAAGAAGAAGCACUCGCAAUCUCAAAUUUCAGUCUCGACCCCCUUCUCGACCCCAUUCUCGACCUAGAUCUCCCAUCUGAAAUCAAAGCGCAAAUUUUUAUUCACCUUGAUAUCGAAGAUGCAGGAUUUUUAAGAUUGACAUCUCGAGCUUGGGCUAUCACCGGGACCGAGAGACUGUUCCGAGAUGGUUUCAAGCUUCACCCUCAUUGUCAACCAACAGAUAUGGAUAGGCUGCGUAAAGUAUCCGAAUGCCCGCAUCUAGCUCAAACAAUCAAGUCGAUAGUCAUAUAUCUAGAUUCGAGUGAUGCGAGAAAAAUUCUUCGGAGACGAAUCGCUAAUGAAACUGGCUCCUGUGAUCCCGUUCACUUGGCAAAAGCUUUCAGCAACCUUCCUAAUUUCAAAAGCCUCACGAUCACCUCACUUAGCUAUCCGCUUUCGGAGGAAAUGUUUCAAUCAACCUCAACAUGGAUUCCUAGUUGGAACUGGACAAUCGAAGAAGAGCGAACACGAUUUAUGGCAGAUGAUCUCUCUCAAUGGUAUUACACUUCUAAUGUAGCAGCGAUCAAUGCGGCUGGUGUAGAACUUUUGUCCGUUGAAUUUGACUGCCUACCCAUGGACUGUUUAUCAUCCCAGGAAUUAGGAUCUCCUCCUUUCAUUCCCCUACAACCCUCUCUGCAUCGACUUUGUCUUUUAUCCGAGUGUUCUGGCCAUCCAUACAGAUCUCUCAGUGGUCUAGUCACCCCUCUUGAGCAAUUAUCCAUUGGAUUCUGGGACUAUGGAGUUACAUCCUGGCAGGAUUCGCUCGUCGCUCAAAGGAUCAUCGAUCUUUUGAUUUCGGCACGACGUCUUCGAAGACUAGAUUUAAUGUUCGUGAUGAAUCUCUCCACAAGCAUGACACCAGAUUUUCAAAUUGCAUGGAAAACUUCAUUCUAUAGCAUCACAAUCCCUCGUUUGGAAAGUCUUCGUCUUCAUCAAACAGAUAUUCCAGGAUCCCUUCUCAUUUCAUUUCUCGAGCGACAUGGGUCUACUCUCAAGAACUUACAUCUUAGCGGAGGAUAUGAAUGCGGACCUGGUAGCGGCUGGAAUCAUCUCACACGAUCUCAAUGGAAAGAAAUGCUUACCUCUUUGAGAGACAAUCUCUCGCUCCAAAAAUUCGAACUUCUGACGUAUGACGAUAGAAAAAAUAUAUAUGACUGGAAUUGGAAUACUGUUCCGGGUACAGACGUAACUUUUGCGAAGUUGUUGGAAAAUUAUGUGCUAAGAAAAGGUCCAUGGCCUUUCUUGAUGCCGUUGGAAAAGACGGAACAUGAUUAUUGGGGUUGGAAAGUUGAUGCGGAAGUUUGGGGAACGUCGUGA